GGUGAUUUACAGUCAAAAUCCGUCCCGUCUUUGAAACACAUAAUUCUUGCUGGAGACAAAACAGUCUCCGGUACUCAUUCAUUCAAUCAAUUACUGGCUCGAGGUGGAAAUGGACGACGACAGGAUUUAAUUGAACGUCAGAAUUCAGUUGAUUCUGACACACCGUUAGCCAUUUAUUACACAUCAGGUACGACGGGCAAGCCAAAAGCGGCUACAUUAACGAAUUAUAAUAUGUUGAAUAUUACGAUUGCUAGUUAUGAACAUCUUGGCCGUUUUUUCAAAAGAGUCUGUGUACCAAUACCAAUGUUUCAUGUAUUUGCUGAAAUUGUUGGUACAUUAAACGCUUGCGUGGGAAAAUCCUGUAUAAUUUAUCCGGCUAUACUCCCUGACACACUAUCAACAAUGAAAACGAUUCACGAAGAGAAAUGUACAACACUAAUUGGCGCUCCUGUCAUAUUUCGAGAUAUUUUAAUGCAUCCAGAACGGAAGAAAUAUGAUAUGACAUCGUUAGAAUUCGGUGCACUUGGAGCAAGUCCAAUGUCUGAAGACUUUUUAAAAACACUUGAAAAAGAGAUACCGAUUAAACGAGUUUCACAAGGAUAUGGCAUGACAGAGAAUAGCGCCUUCUUGUCAAGUGGAAUGUGGGCGGGAGAUAAUGAUCCGCGACGGCGAACAGGUUCAAUGGGAAAAGUAAUGCAACGUCUUGAAAUUAAACUAGUGAAUGGAAAAGGUGAAACAGUUUUACUCGGUGAAGAGGGAGAGGUUUGGGCUAGAGGAUAUUGUAUAAUGAAGGGUUAUUGGGGCGAUCAGGAGAAGACACGUGAAGCAUUAACAGAAUCAAAUUGGUUGAGAACAGGAGAUACUGCUGUGAUGGAUGAAGAUGGAUAUUUGUUUUUUCGUGGACGUAUAAAAGAAAUGAUCAUUCGUGGUGGCGUUAAUUUAUAUCCCAUUGAAAUUGAAAAUGUGAUUGUUUUACAUCCAAAAGUGGCUGAAGCGCAAGUAUUUGGUAUUCCCGAUAAACGAUAUGGUGAAGAACUAUGUGCAUGGAUUAAAUUGAAACCGAAUCAACAAUGUGAUGUAAAUGAAAUACGAGAAUUUUUAGCUACUAGAGUGGCCUUUUUUAAAAUUCCAAAACAUAUAAAAAUGGUUGAUAACUUCAUAAUGACACCAACAGGAAAAGUACAAAAAUUUAAAUUGGCUGAAGUUACCCUGAAAGAUUUGAAUAUUACCAAAGACUCUUAA